AUGGAAAAUACAUGUAUCCAAUGGAAGAAACAAUGUCUAAACAACAACUUAGAAAGAAAGGAGGACAUCUCACAUAUUGUUUCUGCCAUAAACAACUCAGCCUAUUAUUUCACCACCAGCUCCUGUUCUGGAAGGAUUCUUCUCAUAGAUGGGGUGUUAGACACUCCAGAUGUGCAGAAACUGAACUGUCCCUGGCUUUUCAUCACCAAGAAAUGUCAUAUGGGCGAUUUGAUGUCUGAUUUGGAGAUGUCAUAUGAAGAUACUGUGUUGAAGUUUGAGUUUUGUAUUCAUGUCCAAUGUAGACAGCUUGAAGAUACACAGCUUCUGCAUUCUUUGGCAAUAAACUCUGGCUUUAGAAACUCUGGAUUGACUGUAGACAAGAAGGGCAAAAUCAUAACGGCAGUCCGAAGUACCCAUGGUCUGGUGGUUCCACUGAGCCACAAAGGACAGGUCCUGGUGAAGGAGGACUACAUCUACUUCCUGGUGGAAGUAGCCAAUCAGAAAAUGGAGGAAAAUGUCAAACAAAUUGAGAGGUUCUACGAGUGGCUACAGUCUGCUUUGCAACCAGCUGAACCUCAAAGCCCAAGUAGACAGGAGACGGAGGAGAAAUCUGUUUACAAGCAAUGGAGGAAAAGAGGACAGACAAACGUUUAAACAGACACUCAGACAGACGCUUGCCAAGACAACAGAGACAUUAAUCCAGUUGAGCUUGAGGACUGCUUGGGGAGGAUUGACGGCUCUACCCCAAAGUCUCAUCUUUUGGUGGUGCGGUUCCUGAAAGGUGUGCGUCGGCUCAGAUCAGUGUGUAAGCCCAUGGCACUGACCUGGGACCUAGCUUUGGUUCUGGACACUCUCUGUGAGCCUCCGUUUGAACCAUUGGAGUCUGUGGACCUGAAGGUCCUUUCCUACAAGACUUCCCUGCUCAUGGCCUUGGCAUCAGCCAAACGCGUUGGGGAUCUCCAAUGA